UUCUCAAUUUAUCCCUUUUUAAUUUAACAAAUGUGUGUCUUGGUUUUAUGUUUUAUAUAUUUGUUUAGAAUGUUUAGAAUUAUCAGACAUGUCUUAAAUUUUUAAGGAUGUUUGUCUUAAAAACGCGUAAUUAAUUAUUUUAUUUCAAUAAUCUGAGUAAAUGAUCCCAAAAAGUUUUGAUUGCAUGGGAUCAAUCACCAAAAGAACAUAUAAAAUACCCGUUGAAACCUCUUCUCUUCCUUCAUCUCUUUCAAAAUGGCUUCAUUUCUCUACCUCUUCCUCCUCCUCUUCAUUUCUACUCUUCCGCCGCCGUCCAUGGCGGCCCCAACCGGCGAGACGUCUUUUGUCUACGGCGGCUGUUCUCAGUCAAAAUACACACCCGGUUCAACCAUCGAGUCAAAUAUCAACUCCCUCCUCACUUCCCUCCUCACCUCCUCCUCCUUCACACUCUACACUAACUUCACCGUCGACGGCGACAGCGACGGCGCCGGCGACACUGUAUACGGCCUAUUCCAGUGUCGUGGCGAUCUAAAAAACGUGGCAUGUGGCAAGUGUGUGACUCAUGCCGUGGCUCAACUUGGGUCUAUCUGCCUGGACGCGUGCGGUGGCGCGUUGCAGCUGGAGGGGUGUUUUGUGAAGUACGACAAUGUUAGCUUUUUGGGAGUGGAGGACAAGACUAUGGUGGUGAAGAAGUGUGGGGCGGUGAUGGGGUAUGAUUCCGGUGGGUUGGCUAGAAGGGAUGCGGUGUUGGCUUAUUUGGCGGCGGCUGAUGGCGGCGGUGGGUAUCAGCCGUUUAGAGUUGGUGGGUCCGGAGAUGUUCAAGGAUUGGCGCAGUGCGUUGGGGAUUUGGAUGCGGUGGAGUGUCAGGAUUGUGUUGCGACGGCGGUGGGCCGGCUGAAGGCGGACUGUGCGGCGGCAGGGUGGGGUGAUAUGUUCUUGGGGAAGUGCUAUGCUCGGUUCUCCCAUGGCAAUGUCCGCCCCCGCGCUGGUGGCGGUGGAAAUGAGAAUCGAAACGACGACGUAGAGAUAGAGAAGACCAUUGCAGUAAUAAUUGGACUCAUUGCUGGAAUUGCCUUCAUCGUUGUCUUCCUCGCUUUCCUAAGCCAUUAUUGUGACAAACAAAGAGGUGGCAAAUGAAGUGAACUUUAAAUGGAUGCUUCUGGAACGCCUUCUUUUUAGCAAUUAAAAAAAAAAGAGAAAAAGCUCAUGAGAUUCGACAUGUCGGACCCACUCAACUGCAANUUUUUUUUUUUUUUUUUUUUUUUUCUUUCCCACUUUUGAUAUAUUAAUUGAGAAUAUAUUUGAUUGAAUUCCUUUUUUCUUUUAUGGGAGAAAAAAGUAAAACAAAAUUGUACUAUUGGAUGUGUGUUAUUUGGUUGGUUUAAUGAAAGUUUCUAUGCUCUCUAC